AUGAGUGAUAUAAAUUCUCUAUUAGAAGAUUUACCCAAUGAAAUUCUCAUGAAUAUAUUUCAAUAUUUUGAUGCUCGAGAUCUAUUUCGAACAUUUUAUAAUCUUAAUUUUCGUUUUAAUAAAUUACUUCAAUCACUCAAUUAUCUCUCACUUACAAUUUUUAAAUUUGAUUCUAAUGAAAUAAAUGAUUAUGAUAUUUUUACUCCUUAUAUCUAUACUCUAGUAAUAGAUUAUGCAGUUGAUAUUGAUUUAAAUCAUUUUAUAAAUCUUCAUCGUCUUACUUUAUUAUCUCCAACAUCUAAUCAAUUAAAACAAAUUGUAUUUAAUAAUUUAUCUUGUUUAGAACAUCUUUCAAUUGGAUAUGAACAUUUUCUUUUUUCUUAUUAUAUUCCUGAAUUAUGUCAAAAAAUUUUUUCUAAUGGUUUUCCUUGUUUAAAAUCUUGUUCAAUAUUUGAACCACGAAUACUUGAAAUAAUACCAUAUUUUACACAAACAACACAAUUAUGUAUUUUAAAAAUGGAUAAUAUUGAUUUAUUAGCAUAUAAACAUAUAUUAACAUUAUGUCCUAAUUUAUAUUUAUUUCAAUUUACAAUGUUAAAUCAACAUGAAGAAAUAAAUUAUAUUGAACCACAUUUAAAACUUAAAAAAUUAAUUAUUAAAUUUCAAAGUUUAAUUAAAUCAAUUUCUGAUUGUGCUAUGAAUCAUUAUUUAUCAUGUGUUCCUAAUUUAGAACAAUUUUAUGUUUAUGAAAUAAAUUUUGAUAUAAAUAUUCAAGAAUAUUUAGAUUAUAAUUGGUUUGUUUUAUUAAUUGAUAAACAAUUACCAUUACUUUAUCAAUUUAAAUAUUAUCUUUAUGCUUAUGGUGUUAAACAGAAUAAUGAAAAUAUUAUUAAUCGUAUUCAAACAAAUUUUAAACAAAUACAUAAUAAAAAAUAUCAAUCUCGACUUAUUCUUAAAUUAUUAUAUUCAUCAUUGUCAGAUUGA